AUUUCAAAAUUGCAAUUUUACCAAAAACUUUGAAAAGAACUUGUUUUUAACCAUAUUUUUACUCCUAUUGUCAAGAUUCAAGACAAAGAGAAAUCAAAGGAAAUGUCUCGACAUUCAUUUGGCAGUCCACUAAGGCCAAAAUUCCAGACAGCAAAACGUUUUCUAUCCCUACAAGUUUCACAGGCCGGCCAAGUUUUAACAGAUGAGCUUAGUAAUAUCCUCAAAUCAUCAAAGACGAGUUGCAAAAAGAGGCGAAGAAUUGUUGAUGAGAUAUUUUCUACUGAACAAAGUUAUCAAGAACACCUAAAUCUUAUCACAACAUUGUUUCUUUCACCAAUGAGAGAAAUGUCCAUCCUUCCAGAUCAGAUUCAUAAUGAGAUAUUCUCUAAUAUUGAGGCUAUACAGAAUGUUAAUCGAGAACUUUUAGUUCAUAUGGAGACCAUGGGUAUUGGAGAUGCAUUCUUGGCCUUAGCCCCAUUUCUGCGACUUUACAGUACAUAUGCCAACAACUUCGAGAAGGCUCUCAACACAAUCAAGGAAUGGGAGAAGAAAUGUCCAAAGUUUGCAGCAUUUAAGGAAAAGCAAGAAAAUCUCGAAGAAGCUAAAGGCCUCAAGUUGAAUGCACUGUUGAUAACGCCUAUUCAGAGAAUACCGAGAUACAAAAUGUUACUGGAAAAUUUGCUAUGGAAAACGUCAGAUGAUCAUACAGAUUUCAAUAAGUUGAAAGAGGCUGUCGACCAAAUAAGCAAGGUUGCCCUUCAUAUCAACGAGAAUAUUCGUCAUCAUGAGAACUUUCAGAAAAUAUUGAGUAUUCAAAACAGCUUCAGUCGUGAAGGCGCGCCAAAGAUACUAGCGCCAGGUCGUGUAUUUCUAAAGGAAGGCACGCUUUUGAAGGUCGGUAAGAGCGGUUGGAGAUCGGCCAAGGAGAGGACAUUCUUUCUUUUCUCUGAUAUCCUGAUUUAUUCAAAGAAAAAUAACGAGAAAGAAAGCAACAGGCCGUUUCUGUGUUUGCAAGUAUUUCCUUUGCAGCAUUGCAAAGUUCACGAAGUGAUGGGUGAUGGUAAUGCUAAUGAAGGCGGAGCAUUGUUUUCUAUCGAGUGUCAAGACAAAUCAUUGUUACUCUUCUCAAAGUCGCAAGGCGAAGCAAAGUCGUGGCUGAAUGAAAUAAGAAAAACCAUCGACUCUACUCAAAACUCAGGUCAACCUGCACAAGAACCAAGACGAGCUGCUUGUAAUGACUCAAGAAGAGGAAUAAGAAGAGCGCCUGCAAGAAAGAAUCACGAACGAAAACAGGACAGCGGUAACAGCAUUAGAAGUCCCAUGAAAAAUCCAUCAUAUCCACUUGGUUGCCUUAGUCCAAACAAGAAUAAAGAACUUCUGAUCGAAACUGGAGAACCAAGCCAGUUGCAAAGAACCAUCGAUACUCCACCAAAAGACAAACAUGGAGAGUAUUCAAGGUUGGCGACUCGAUCAUCGUCUGAGACGUCAUCUGUGCAAUCAUUACACGACUCUCUUGAAGGAGAAGAAAAGGAGAACAAAACCCGGGGUCGGUCCUCCGAGGUUACAAGCACCCAGGAUCAUAAUCACGGUGCAGAGAACCUCGACGAUGUGAAAGCUAAGGUUUCAGGCAUGAAAAGAAAACUUGACGAGUCAGACGCGAUUUCAAUGUCAAGUAAUGUCGAGAAACGAAAGAAGGCUCGCAUUGGUGGAUGGUUAUUUGCUUGCGGCAGUAAUUUUGAGAAAAUGUCUUAACUUUACUGACUUCGUUUUGUAUCAUACAAGAAAUAUGCCAAUGAAUCGUUCAUAAAUAUCUAUUUAUGUUCUGUUCCUCGGAAUCAAAGAUGUAGAUCUAUUUUAUCAUUAAACGUCAUGUAGUAUUUUGAACUGUCAAUAAAAGA